CCUUCCCCGUCCGGUGGUGUGGUCGUCUCCCAGUUUUCUCGUGAACACUAGCAUUAUCUGCGGAGAGCUGGUCUUGAUGACACCUCUUCUUAUCUCCCCAUCUCUCAUUACGUCUAAUAUCAGGCCAGUUCGAUGUCAGGAAGGUGAACGAGUUGCCACGCAGCGGGGCUUACGAGUUAUAUUGCUUGUCGGUACUCACUGUACGAACAAGGCCACCUGCAGAAGCAGUAAUCAUGGACUCCGACCGACGGAAGUCAAGACGCACGACUAAUGCAUGUGUCAGUUGUCGUCAAAGUAAGAUCAAAUGUUCCGGUGACGAGCCAUGCUCGAACUGCAGGCGACGUGUCAUGAGAUGCAAGUACUCAGACGGGAACAACAAAGCGAUAUCGCCAGAGAGGAGCGCAAACCAUGAGAGGCCCAGGCGACAAUCGGAACAGCAUCCUUCAUCGGGCAGCAAGCGGUCUUACGACGCCGCACUUGGGUCGGAUGACGAGGGAAGUGAUUUCCGUCCCGGAGACCCUAGGUCAUCCGAGGCGGGUGAGUCGCCAGAGUGCGUUUACACGAGUCCCUUCACGCUGCCUUCGACCACGAUCAAGAACACCCACCACAACAAACGCAACUGGAUUUGGCUCGCUCCGUCGUCUACGUGGUCAUUCACCGCCCGCCUCACCUUGAUGAUGGCGGAAAGACUCCAACUUGAUGCUCCCUUCAGUGCGCCCAGCUUUUUAAAUAACGAGAUAUACGUGCUCAAGUGGAGAGCAUCGACCGCCGAUGAGCAGCCUAACAUCAGCGGACUACCUUCCUACGAUCAUGCACUAUACCUCUUCAAUACCGUCAAGUUUCAUCUCGGUCAAAACUACCAGCUCAUUGACGAAAAGGCAUUCACGAAAGACCUCGAGGAGUUCUACUACGGUAUCGCGUCGAAAAAAGCAGCCGAGUCUCGUCUGUGGUUCGUUCAGUUUCUCCUGGUCCUCUCAUUUGGCCAAGCGUUUCUCUCUCGGUCGAAAACACCCAAAGAGCCGCCUGGUUCCAAGUUCUUUGUUCGUGCCAUGUCCCUGCUUCCGGAACCCACAUCGUUAUGGAAGGACAGUCUGCUAGCCAUAGAAGUGCUGUCUCUAUCAGGCCUAUAUCUGUAUUCCAUAUACCAGAGAGAAUCUGCCCAGUUAUACAUUGCUCAGGCGAUUCGUAUAGCGCAGCUAGAAGGACUGCACACUCAGCUCCCUGAGGACACGCUUGGGGUAGAAACCGUCACUCGUUGUCGUAAUCUAUGGUGGACUUUGUACAUCAUGGACCGGCACUUCUCUUGUUCCGUGGGCGUCCCCAUGAACACACAAGAUACCGACAUCACGACACUCCUCCAGCCGCCGAGUACGUGUUCGCAACGUGAUGCAACGCUCGGCCUACAAGUCAAGCUGUCUUACCUUUUGUCAACGAUUAUCACCACUGUUUACAAGUCCGAGAAAACACCACUCGGCGAAUUUCUCGGGGCGACAAAGUCCAUUCUCCAUACUCUGGCUGGCCACGCCCAGGAAAUCCAGAGAAUCACUCGGUCAAAGUCUCAGAACUCGGUGGACACAAUGCCAAAGGGGACAAGAGGGGUAACUCUACUCUAUCAUCAGUGCGUCAUCAUGGCCACCAGACCGCUAUUUCUAUCUGCCCUGAAACAAGAACUGGAGAGCUUAACGGACGACCAAGGAGAUUCAAUGAGCCUCUCGACCCCUUUGAGAAGCUUGGUUUCGACGGGUAUCAAGUCUGCCAUGAAGACGCUCCAGAUAUUAUCCGGUGAGGAUAGCCUUCUCGAAGUCUUUCUGCCAUUCGAACUUGAAUAUGCUUACGGUGCGGCCGUUCACUUAACGAUGGCAAAUGCAAUUUUCCCCUCCACAUCCGACUUGGAUAGGUUAGUCCAUAUCCAGCAGGCACACUCCAUAUUGGAUGAAAUGGUACAAAAAGGCAACUCCGUUGCCGAAGUACGGAAAUCGGAACUUGUUCACUUGGAGUGGCUGUUUGAGCAGUUCGCCACCCGGGUCGGUCAACAAGACUUCCAGCGACGCAGGUUAUCCGCGUCAAUCGAAGCGAUCAUGGACCCAGCAGCAAUCAAUGUCGCCGUCACCGAGCCAGACUUAGUCUCGAUGACUACACUCAGCGAGUCCCAGGCACUGAUCAGCCCUUUCCCGGACACGCCAGACAACACCGAGUUUCUUCAAAGCAUUGGUAUUUCCAGUGAGGAUUUCCUCUCCAUAGCGGAACAGAUGGGCAGCCAGUCCCAAGACGGUCUUCCUUACUCUAUAAUGGAUUUGGGGCAGUUUUGGAAAUAGUUCGGAUAGGAGGUGUACAAAAAGGUCAUUGGGAAUCUGGGUUUGAAGGGAUAUCAGCCAUCAAUGAGCCAUUGGGUAAUUCCU